UCAGAGGUCUGACUACCGGGACCGACCACCGGUCAUUAGGUGACUGAAGCUCGCGGUGUGCGGACUCUCCAGCACCACCUCAGUCCGAUCCUGGGACCGGCGAGGUCAGACGGAGGAGACUUUACGCACGGCUCUGCUGAGGAGAUGGAAUGCAUUGAAAGGACUCAGACUCUGUGAAAGUUUGCAUGUUCCCUUCGGGCAUGGAGAAGCAAAUGAAAGACGAUUAAUCGGAAUGCAGUCACCCUUCACUCUCGCCUGGGUCUGAGGCGCAGCGGAGGAUGACACCUGCACCCCGCCUGGCGCGGACCACACUUGGCAUCUGCGAAUAGUCGGUCAAAGCUUCUGCGAGAGUGACUUUCUGGCUCUCAUUCUGCAAACAGAUACAGUCCAGUUAUUUUCAGCAGCUGCAGAAUCAGUGCAUGUGUUGCGCUCCAAUAGCCUGUCUUCAUCUUUGCACCAUCGCGGACUGCGGCAAAAACACAAAAGCGGGCAAACCUCUCAUACCUGGACUGCGUGUACACACAGUCCUCUCUGACAUGUCUGCACAGCUCACCUCUUCAUGAGAUCACAUCUGUUGGAUAUUUAGAAAAAAAAGAGGAAACGCUCCCUCCACAUCACCAGUGAGGCAGUAUAAUCUCUGGAGCACCGACUGACUCACCAUGGGCACCGUACUAUCGUUAUCGCCCAGCUCCCGCAAAUCAGGCUACUAUGACAACCACCCCGGCUCGCUCAGCCACUACCCGAGCCUCAGCAGCCGCUCCCUCAACAGCCAGAAGGACCGUGGGCUAAAAAGGGGCCAGUCCAUCUUCCUCCCGGCACUCACAUGGAAGCGACUUGUGGCCUCUACAAAGAAGAAGGGCAACUCAAAGAAAGGCUCCAGCGGUCCGGUGGCUCUCGGGGAUCCUCUGAACAACAACAACAACAUUAACAUCUACCAGAAGGAUCCUGUGCUGCACCUCAACCGUGAGAAUGUGAAGAAGUCCCUGUCGUGUGCCAACCUGUCCAGCUACGAGGGCCCGGCCGGUCUGGGUCUGGGGCUCGGCUACGGACUGGGGAUGGGUCAGGGACACGGAUAUGGCUACAGCAAAUCUCAGCAGCUUUCCUCUGUGAAAAAAGUCCCCCAGGGCACGGUGACCUCAUCUCCGAAGCGCGUCAUUGUCCAGGCCUCCACCAGUGAGCUCCUCCGCUGUUUGGGAGAGUUCCUGUGCUGUCGCUGCUACCGCUUGAAGCAUCUGUCUCCGGCCGACCCGGUGCUCUGGCUGCGGGCUGUGGACCGCUCGCUGCUGCUGCAGGGCUGGCAGGACCAGGCCUUCGUCACGCCGGCCAAUGUCGUCUUUGUCUACAUGCUGUGCAGAGAUGUAGUGGACGGUGAUCUGGUGGCAUCGGAGCACGAGCUGCAGGCCAUCCUGCUCACCUGCCUCUACCUGUCCUACUCCUACAUGGGCAACGAGAUCUCGUACCCUCUCAAGCCCUUCCUGGUGGAGGCAGGUAAGGAGGCCUUCUGGGACCGCUGCCUCGCCAUCAUUGAUGCCACAAGCUCCAAGAUGCUCCGCAUCAAUGCAGACCCGCACUUUUUCACACAAGUAUUUGCUGAACUGAAGAGCGAAGGAGGCUGCGGCCCCCAAGACUAUAGCCGGGUGCUGGAUCGGUGAGCACCCGUCCUUGCUGACCGCAUGCCUUUGUGUACACUCAUGCACUCGCACACAGACACACAUACAGUUAUCAUGCAGAUUUCUCCAAACCUUUUUUCUUCUAUGAAGGCUUAUCUUGACAGAAUUAUAAAGACUUAUUGAAUCAUCCCAUUUAUGCUUGUUGCCAUUGUCCUUCCCAUCCACAGAUAACUGGCUAACUGCAGCUUAAAGUUGUUUCUGUGUUUAUUUAACUGGGGAGCCAUUUGGUACAC